UGUUUCAUGCUUGAUGGCAAGUGUGUUUGCAUAAUUUGUAGCUGGUGUUUUCUAAGUGCGGCAUAAUAAGUUGGAUGAAGCAAAAAGGUCACGCAAGCGUGUAAUCUUGCCGCCCCUUUGCUCUGCUCAGCGAUGCUUUUCGUCCUGCGUUGAUUUCCCUUAACCGAUGUGCUCUAAUUCAUGCCAUCUGUGCCUCAUCGCCCCUCUUCUUCCCCUGUCCUCCUCCGCUUCCAAAAAGUGUUUUUCCCUUCCUCAUUAAUAUGUUUCUCUGCCCGCUCAUGCUGCUGUAGGCAUCUAUCUCUUGCUCUGUGGCUCUUAUCGCUGCUCGUCGAUUCUUAUUUCUCCCGAUUUGUCUCCCACCGACUGCCUCACUAACUCCCGCCCGACCCCUCCUCCUCUUCCCUCGCUAUCUCUCCGUGCACACUAGAUUCAUUUGACACAUCACGGAGGAAUUCAUCAUUUUUGCGCGGUGAAGGAUUUAAAAGGUGGAUGUUUCACUUUUUGAGCGGAUCCGAGCCCUUAAGCUGGACCCAAUAUGUUUUAUUUCCAGCUGGUCAUCAUGGCAGGGACCGUGCUGCUGGCAUACUACUUUGAGUACACGGACACCUUCCCCGUGCACAUCCAAGGUUUCUUCUGCUUCGACAAAUCGUACUCCAAGCCGUACCCAGGACCGGAGGACUACAGCAAAGCGCCUCCUGUUCUCGUCUACUCCCUGGUUACGGCCAUCCCGACUGUGACGAUUCUGAUUGGAGAAGUGACCAGUUUCUUUGUAAAGUCAGAAGGAGCUCAAGAGAAGACCAUCGUGACUGCAGACUGCUGCUAUUUCAACCCGCUCCUCCGCAGGAUCGUCCGUUUUCUGGGCGUCUACUCCUUCGGCCUCUUUACGACCACCAUCUUCGCCAACGCGGGUCAAGUGGUGACAGGGAACCAGACGCCUCAUUUCCUGAGCGCGUGCAAGCCCAACUACACGGCUCUGGGAUGCCAGUCCUCACUGCAGUACAUCACAGAACAACGUGCUUGCACAGGCAACCCUUUCUUGGUGGCGUCCGCCCGCAAAUCGUUCCCCUCCAAAGAUGCGGCACUCAGCUUUUACUCAGCCGUCUACACUGUGAUGUAUGUGACCCUGGUUUUCCGCACCAAAGGGACCCGUCUGACCAAGCCGACAUUGUGCCUGGUGCUGCUCUUGCUGGCAGUGCUGGUGGGUGUGGUAAGGGUGACAGAGCACAGGAACCAUUGGAGUGACGUACUGGCCGGGUUCAUCACCGGAGGAGCCAUCGCCGCCUUCUUGGUGUCAUGUGUGAUCAACAAUUUUCGGCCGGCCCAAACGGUGGCGCCGAACCCUCCGCCUCCAGCGCCACAGCCUUUGGAGACGCCAGCUGGGAUUCCUCUGCUCACUCUACCCCGUGUUGAGAGUCCACUCGAAAAGUUAAGUGGCCUUCAGGCUCCAGGGUUACCAUAUUCUGAGAUCACAUGACGAUCAGCCAAUCCCGGACCCCACCCCCGUUCACCACCCCUUGCGGAGGUGCCUCACCAGCUCAGUCUAGACCGGUCUGACGACGGCGCCACCCAGCUCUGUCCCGCCCACCACGGGGGGCGACUCCCUCUCCGCCGGGUGAAAUCCACACAGGUGUGAAGGUCCACGGGCAGAACGGCGGCAUGAGUGGGUGGCCGGCCUGCCGAGCUGUCACAAAGAGGCGACCAGCCGCCCCACUUCUGUUUUGUUAGUACUUUUUUUCCUCUUCUCUCUCGGGAGCAAAAUGAGCCAAGGUAAGGCUCAUUCAAGCCAGCUGUGUUGAAGCAAUACCCCCCCCCCCCCCCACGUCCCCGCCAAGACUCCACAACAAGUUUGUCACUCUGAUCUAAACUUAGUGGAGCAGACACUUUGAGGACCGGGAGAGAAGCCUAAUAAGAUCAGUGGGUUGUCCACUGGAGAUGCUUUUCUAACACUCAGGACAAUUCAGUGUGGAAAGAGAUGUUUAGGAGUCAACAAAUACACAGUACAAGCAUUUUUUCUGUCCUCAAAAGCAGUGUUUCCCAACCUAUAUUAAGCCAAUUUUACACGAGCAAAACCAAACAUCACACCACCAAACAGAAAAAAAAAAUCACAAAAAUAUACUGAAAUAAUGAUGAUGUCAUCCCAGUGUGUAAUCUAGUUUAUCUGAGCACAACGCUAUUAUGCCGUUUUAUCAGUGGCAACAGGUAUAUAUACUUUCAUAUACUUUCGCCUUCUGACAUCGCGUGAAAGAGUGCCAGUAGAAGUCGCUGGCAUAGAUAGACGAACAGAGAGAAAUUGUUUGUGAUAAAUGAAUUUUCAGAUUUGUUCUACACACUUGUAUUUGACCUUGUUGAUAAAAUAAGUUCUGUUAAGUUAUCAGUAAAAAUAAUUUCCAUUACCGGUGUGUCUUAACAUCUUUAAAAAGUGCAUACUAUAGCUACAUAUGCACGAAUAAAACAAACAUAGGCUACUUAACCAAUAAUUCCUCCCUAUCUUCAGAAUUUUGAUAUGACUGUGACGUAUCUCAUAAAUAUGACCCACGCAGCAUUUCGAGCUCUCGUACCCUUUUUCUCAUGUCGAGUUCUCCAGGUGAGGCUGGGAAGCACAUUCCUCUGAUCAGAAGUUUCUAACCCAUGACUAAAUCACUGCUUUUGACCGGUUAUGAAUAUUUUCGUCAAAAACAAUGAAAAAAUAUUUUCUAUGACAUUUAGACAUUCACAUUUUAGUUAAUGUUUAAUUCAUGUUAGGAUUGAUGGGUCCUUAGGAGGAUAGUAUUGGAUAGAAGGGAUUCAGCCCCCACGCCCACCCAAAAAAAAGACCUAGCAAAUAAAAAUCCUUCACUAAUUAGCUUUAAAACAAUUUUCACAGUAUUAUCUUUCAUUAUAGAGACUUUAAGGACACUGUGUGUCAAUGACUUCUUUUCCAAAUCAAUCAAAUGGACAUCACUGCCGUAAAGCCUCUUUCACACAAAGAUCCUGCAAAAUUGGCCGCAUCAGAGCCAUAACAGCUGUCACAUUAGUCAUUUAUCGCCUUUGACUUUAAAGCACGGUGAAGGGGGGAUUUUGCUGAGCUCUUGCAAUCGGAGUCUUAGAUGGCAAUUCAACGAGACAUCGUGGGGAAAGUGAAACUGAAUCCAGUUCAGCUUUUCCAGUUUUCCCUUCCACGCAGUCACCAUCCUGCCUCUGUUACAGCUCUGAUACUACCUCUCAAGUCAGAAAAUGUCCCGUCACCUUCAUCCGAUCUGUAUUGCACCUGUGCUGUUUAAAGAGAAUGGCGGGACAGGAAAGGGGUGACAAAACAUACCUUCUUUUACUGGCAGUGUGUCAAAGGGGCUUACAUAAAAGAGAGCAGAAAGCACUUUGGUCAAUUAUAGCACAGAUUUAGCAUUUGGCAAUCUGUUAUGUUGUUAUUGUGUCGUGCACUGAGUGAUGUGACAGAAGGGACAUUUAUACUCUACAAAUUUUAAGCCUAAUCGCAUAGUUGCUUAAGACAUAUUCAAACGUUUUCAGGAAACAUGAAAAAAAAAUACACAUUAAACAAUGAACAAGAGUCCAUUUGCCUCAAUUCAGCCUUUGUGGAUGACCAGUAUGACUGAGAAUAUAUGUAGACAUAAAGGGAACAAGAACAGUUUUUAGUGUGUGCAUUUUUAUAUCAUUUAAAUUGACUUUGUCAAUUAUGCUAUUAGGCUAAGAAAAUAUAUUUUCAUGUGUGUGUGAACUGACGUGUCCCUUUUGAUACUUUGUGGAGGGUCGUCCGAUUGGCAGGAACUCUUGACUGUCAUACUCUAAUAUUUGUUGUUGCAGAUCUCUUAUUGACGUCCCGUUCAUUUUGUUCCGGCUUCAUUCCAGCAUAUAGAAACCAGUGGCUCGGAAUUUCGAGCCAAUGCCAACUAGCUGUUUUGUACAGUCAAUGAAAGGUUUUCUUACACUUCACACUAUACGCUUAUAUGAUUAUAUCUAAUGCGAGGGGGCAACCGUGCGCGCGCCCGUGUGUGUGUGUGUGUGUGUGUGUGUGUGCGCGCGCGCCUGAGUGUACCUGUUUUUGCGUCUGCUCACAAUCAAAAGGACUAACUGUGUUUGUCUAAAUUUGCUCUUCGAUUGACUGGUAGAACUGUCCAGGGUAUGCCCCACCAAAUUCAACUGGGAUCGGCUCCAGUGAUCUGCAAAACCUAAUGAGGAUGACGGUCUAGAAAAUGGAUGGAUGAAUAUCAUUAUUUUUAUUAUGUUAUGUGAGUGUGUUUGUGUGUUUUUUUGGAAUGACAGUACCAUUGUUGCUUUGGCAACCUGUGUCGCUUAAGUUGAACUUAUACUUCGUGUUGCCGUAAUGAUACUCCUGUGUGAAACUGAUCUCUUUAUGGCCCUUUCUUUGAACGACCCUUGCCAAGACCAACCCAGUCCAACAUCAAUAAGAAAAAAAACCCACAUCCAUCCAUCCAUUUUCAACAACGCUUAUCCUGAACAGGGUUGCGGGGAGUUGCUGGCGCCUAUCCCAGCUGACCUCGGGCGGAAAGCAGACUACUCCUUGAACUGUUUGCCAGUCAGUCGCAGGGCACCUAGAGAGACAGAACUUUUGAUAUCACAUCAGAGGAUGCUCAUUAUAUUUUACCUCGCAAAUGACUUACAUUUAACUGUUCCAUCUGUAAUUUUUCAAGCAAAAGAGAAGGUGAUAGGACACGGUCAAGUCCUAAUUAUGCUAUUUUCAUGUCAAAUGUAUGUUUUGUAUUUACCAAAAUAAACCACAGUUACUACAAAA